AUGCCGACGCGCAAGGAGGGCAGCGACUCCGCCUCUAUGUACAGCAUGGCGCAGUCCGUGCUGCCAAUGGACCCGCGCGAGCGCAUCUACUACCGCCCCCGGCACCGUUUGCUGCAGUGUUACCUGGAGCGGCGCAAGCGCAAGGGUCUCGGAAUCGCGUCGCUGCUUCCCGGCCGCCACCAAUCCUUCCAGUUUUUCCUCGAACACACAGGCGACUUUGUACUAGCGGCCGUCCCGCGCAGCUUCAAGACACGUACAAUGGUUGAGGAUACGUCGAGCGGGGUUGGCGGGCAGUUCUACCCCGUCUCGCAAGGCGGUGCCAACAUUGUGUUCACGAUCAAUCAGCAGCAGCUGGACAGUGACACGCGCGCCUUUGUUGGCAAGCUAUCGCGGCGCGGAAAGGGGAUGGAGAUGGUGCUGUUUAGCGAGGGUAGCAAGGAUGCCCGGAAGGAGAUUCUGGCGGUUCUGCUGCACAACUUGGCCGACACGAACCGGUCGUCGUUCACGGUACUGCUGCCGGCCAUCGACCCGGAGUCUGGGUACAUCAAGCCGCUGGAGGGCGGUGAGGUCGAAUUCCUGCGUGACGGCCGCGGCAGCAGCCACGCCGGCAUCGACGAGGCGAUGGUGAACUCCUCUGAUGACGACGUCGACGCGGCUUACUCGACCAUGUCGAGGGCGACACCAAACUUUGCGGCCGUGUGCGAUUCUCCUGGAGCGAGCGGUGCGCCCGCGCCGAGCAGGAGCGAAACAGCUGGUCGGCAGAAAAAGUGGUUCUUGCACGGGGUGCUGGCUCGCGAGUACCGGCGAAACCCAGGCAGCCCAAACAUCAUUGUCCUCAAGAGCAAGGAACCUCAGUGGGAUGGCGUGCUGCGCGGGUAUAAGCUCGAUUUCCAUGGACGCUCUACGAAGGCGAGUGAGAAGAACUUUCAGCUCGUCGCUGUCUCUGAUCCGGGGAAGGUGGUCAUGCUCUUCGGCAAGCAGGACGACGACCGUUUCGCCCUCGACUUCCGCUACCCGCUGUGCGGUCUGCAAGCAGCCGCGAUCGCCACUACGAUCUUGACGGCUCGAAAGGCGAUCCUCUGA